AUGAAGGCGAAACCCGCGACGCAGCUGAUGGGAAGCCUGCCUUCCGUACGGACGAACCCGGCUCGUCCUUUCGUGCACUGCGGUGUGGACUUCGCGGGUCCAAUCCUCGUCCGCACCUCCAACCUUCGGACGGCCAAGACAGUGAAGGGUUACGUCGUUGUCUUCGUUUGCCUCGCGACCAAGGCAGUGCACCUAGAAGCCGUUUCCGACCUGUCCACGAGCGCGUUCUUGACCGCCCUCAAGCGCAUGUUCGCCCUUCGUGGGAUAAGCAGCGAGAUCUGGUCCGACCGCGGAACCAACUUCGUAGGCGCGGACCGACACAUCCGAGAGCACCUGCAGUCACCUGAGUUCAACCGAGCUGUCAACCAGUACCUGUCGGACCUCAAGGUGAAGUGGACGUUCAUCACUCCAUCCGCCCCCCACAUCGGAGGAAUCUGGGAAGCGGCGGUGAAGAGUAUGAAGAAGCACCUCCGAGUGGUGCUCGGGAACACGGCGCUGACGUACGAGGACCUUUCGACCGUCUUGACGCAGAUCGAGGCGUGCUUGAACUCGCGUCCCUUGUGCCAGCUCUUUGCGUCUCCUGACUCGUACGAGGCCCUCACGCUGGGCCACUUUAUCAUCAACCAGCCGCUCAACCUGCUGCCGGAACCGGACAUCAGCCACAUCAAGGAAGGCCGUCUGGACAUGUGGCAACGGAUUCAGCGCCACGUCGACGAGAUCUGGGCACGCUGGCGUGACGAAUACGUGGCCACACUCCAACCCCGGAACAAGUGGCAAACGGUGCAGCAGAAUCUGGAUCCGGGACAGCUGGUCCUGAUCAAGAACGAGAACACACCACCUGCGUCCUGGGAGCUCGCAAGGAUCGUCGCAGCACAUCCGGACCCGUACGGCGUCGUUCGCAACGUCACCGUGCGCAGAGGAGAGAAGGAGUAUCAGCGGCCGGUGCACAAGCUGGUCCCGCUUCCGAUAAAUUGA